AAGUUUAUUUCUUUGCUCUAAAAUGGUGCCUGUCUUGUUUUUGCUUGCCAUGUGAGGCCCACUUCUGUGUUAAACAGAAACAUCAGAGUCGGUUCCGAGUGUGGAUUGACGCGUCUGAGUGGACUUUGUGCUCUUCAUUCGUUUUUUUUUUAUGUUUUCCUUCUCAUUCAAGUCCUUCUACAGAGCUACGGAAGUUAACUUAGCAUGCUAGCUGCAGCCAGAGCUUAGCCCGAGAGCGCCAGUCGGAUGCAGAGCAAAGCGUGUUUGUGACGGAGUGCGUGGGGAAGGCGUCUUCGUCAGUGUGUGAACAUGGCUAAAGUCCAGCUGCUGAGAUCGUUGGUGAAGCAGCGACUAACUGUGGCUGUUGAAGAGAUAUUUGGACUGAUUGAAAGAACGGUAGCGGAGUACGAGGAUGAGCUUUGCCGCACCAAAGAGGAGAACAAGCGGCAGCGGGAGCUACUCGAUGCUGUGCUCCUGCCGCGGCCACGCGGAGCAGAUGGUAUUGCAGACAUUCGGAAAGUGACUGUUAAAGAAGAGCAGCAGGACUGGGACCCCAGCCUGGACCAGCACCCAGCAGAGCCCCCACACAUUAAGGAGGAACAGGAGGAACUGUGGACCAGUCAGGAGGGAGAGCAGCGUCAGGGUCUGGAGGAGGCUGAUGUCACCAAGUUCCCAUUCACUCCUGUCCCUGUGAAGAGUGAAGCUGAUGAACCUCAGUUCUCACAGCUUCAUCAGAGCCACACUGAGGAGAACAGACACUGUGAGGGAGGAGAGGACUGUGGAGGACCAGAACCACAUAAACCUUUACAACCAGAUACUGAUGACAAGACUGAAGACUCUUCUGAGACCGACAUCAGUGAAGAUGAUGAAAAGAGACCUCAGUUCUCACAGCUUCAUCAAAGUCAGACUAAAGAGAACGGAGACUGUGGAGAAGAUUCUGGACACCCAGAACCAGCCAGGAGCUUGGAUCCAGAUAGACUCUUAGAACCUGAUACUGAUGACAUGACUGAAGAUUCCUCUGAGACUGAUGUCAGUGAAGAUGAUGAAAAGAGACCUCAGUCCUCACAGCUUCGUUGGAGCCACACUAAGAGGAAAAGAGAGUCUGUCAGAGGAGGGGACUGUGGUGGACCACAACCAGCCAGGAACUCAGGUCCACAUAGUCUGUUAGAGACUGAUGACAUGACUGAAGACUCUUCUGAGACUGAAAUCAGGAAAGGGGACAGUACAGACACCAGGAAGUGUCAGUUGGGCUUGAACUCUUUAAAAACAAAUGACACUGCUGCCGGUGACACGAGCCAUGGUGCUGCUGAGAAGCCGUUCCACUGCCCUGACUGCGAUAGAACAUUCAGCAGCAGUUACCGUCUGAAGAGACACGCGAGAGGUCACAAACAAGGGAAACAGCGUUGCUGCUCUAAAUGCAGUAAAACAUUUAGCAGUAGUUACCGUUUGAGGAAACACAUGAGAACUCACACAGGAGAGGAACUGUUUGUUUGCUCAUGUUGUAGUAAAAGAUUCCUUGAAAAGCAAAGCCUACUUCAUCACAUGAGACUCCAUUCAGGAGAAAAACCUUUCAGCUGCUGAUUUGUUAGGGCAGAGACACACCAAGCCAACGUGAAAGAAUUGGCAGCGACAAAGACCAGUGGCAGGUGGCGGCAUCUGUAUUUGCCAUUCAGAAACCUAAAGAAGGAGAGACAGACUGUGGAAGUAUAAGCGAGAAACUGGACGGCGACAGGUUGAAGGGGCUUUCCCUAACUGGUGUCUUCUCAUGCAUGGAUUUGCUAAACUCAACAGCCAAUCAGAGUGGUCUCUCUCUCUCACCUAUGAGACCCAACCGCAGAUGCCGUUUCAACAUGUUAGACCAGCUGAAAACCCAACUGACAGGGGCCGACUAGUGCCAACAGUGCAGGACACCCUGGGAAGACAAACUCCAACAGACACUCAACGCCGGCCGACCAUCGGCUUGGUGUCUGCCCUAAGAGACACUUCACAGAGGGGCAGUAUGUUGUGACACACAGGGGACAAACCCUUCAGUGUGGGAUGAAGGUUGUCUUCUAAAUUAAGUUUAAAGCAAAACAUGCCUCUACACACAGGAGAGAGACUGUUCGGCUGCAGUGCUGGUGACCGUAAGAUCACCAGAACCCUGGUGCUAGGCAGUAUAAGGACACACCUUCUGUCAAACUCAGGUGUGAAGUGAGUGAUUUUAUGGCCCCUGUGACAUCACACUUUUAACACAUUGCCCCAGUAUACUUUUUUUAUGAUUCCUUGGUUUAACACUGUUUGUUGUUAAUAUUGUAUUUUCUCAUUUUCUUUUACCUUAUUGUGAAGAGUAACAGUGUUUUAUAGUUUACUCAAGUGUUUUCCUGUGUGUCCAGAUGCAUUUGAUGUAAUGAGGGAAUCCUGUCUCAGCAGUAUUCACAAAAAUGUUCAUGUUCUCAGUAAUGAAUUAUCUUCCACUGCCAGUCAUAAGCCAGGGUACCCUACUCAUGCAUUAAUGCAAAGGCAGGAGGGGCCCCCGGCGACUGGUCAGGCAGAAUUAAUUGUGGUAGGGUACCCCGGAUUGCAGUUAAUUGACGUGUUCACUGGUUACAAUAUAAAUGAGAACAUCAUCAAUAAAGUAUCUUUCUUUUA